AUGGUAGACAUCGGUAUGUCAGCUCAGAGAAAGCGGAGGGCUCAACGGAUGGCAAAUCGCCGUCAAAGACUAGCCCUGGGACCAGUGUCCGACCACGGGGAUGAGAUCCUUCAAGCCAUUGAGAUAGUCAAAGCCGUACUGGUCAAAGCUAAGCAAGAAGCCCAAGCUUACCCCGGCGGAGAUUUCCCCGAGGAGUCGAAAGACCAGCAAACCGAUUCUUUUGCAAUCUCAAUGUUCAUCCCAAAACAGAGUGAUACUCAAGAGCCAGAGAAAUCGGCCCAUCAGAACAAGAAUAUUGAUGAAGAGGUCAUCCAAAUGCUGCAGCCUAAGGUCUCAUGUCAGACUCUCAAACUCAAUGACCUCUUGACCUUUGACAUGGGAUGGCCUGUAAAGAGCAUCAUUACGCUCAAAGAAAUUGGAAGGGGCAGCUAUGGUCGGGUUGUCAUAGCACGUCAUCGUUCCACAGGCGUUCCUCUUGCCAUCAAAGAGCCGUCAUGGUCAGACGACUUCGCUUCGCCUGGUGAAAUGGUUGAAGAACUCAAGGCAACCAGGACCAGAGCAACCAAGGAGGCAAUGAUCCAACAGUUGUUGUCAGGCAGCCCAUACUUUCCCAAGUUCUGGGGUACCCUUAAUCUCGGUAACGAACUCUGCCAGGCCGUCGAGUUCGUGGGGUGCAAGAAAACGGGUACCGGCUACCCUCUCCACGAACCGCCAUCGUUGUCGAUGUGCAACGUUGUCAAGAUCGCAGAGGACAUCGUCAAGGGCAUGAUGGAGUUCCAUGAUCAUGGACUUCUCCACAAUGACCUCAAGAACGAUAACGUGCUCCUGGAAAAACGUGGCAAGCGAUACAACGCCGUCAUCAUCGACUUCGGUAUGUCAAGUACGAUCACCGCCCCAGCGAAAAUGGUCGGAGUUGCCAGAGAACUAAAAAUGGCGUAUGUACAUGGAGGAGAGGCAGACUAUAUAGCACCUGAGGUUGUUUUGGAUGAGCAGCCAACAUCCAUCGCUUCAGAUGUGUUUUCUGUCGGCCGUAUCCUCUCCGAUAUGGGAGAGAUAUUUGGAGGUCACCGUUCUCCCGCAGUUCGAGAACUGUCCAAGCUAGGAGCUCAGUGCAUGGCUGAUAAUCCUGACCAUCGCCCUAGCCUCGAGACCAUCCAAAGUCAAAUUACCAAACUCCAUCGGCCCAGUAGAUGGAGGCGUGCCAAGCGAUGGGUUGCUAAGAAACUGCAUCUACGUCGAAAGUAG